AUGGCAGCCACCAGCUCCAAAUCGUUCAACGAGCAGGAGUACGUGCUCACUGAGCACGGCACCAAGCUCUACACCAUGUGCGGCAUGCGUUUCGAGGUGACCGAGGAGUAUCAGGUGCGCAAGGCGGUCGGCCAAGGCGCCUACGGCUUGGUGUGCGCGGGCCGGCGGAGGCUUCCCAACGGCACGUACCAGCCGGUGGCGAUCAAGAAGAUCCCAAAGGCCUUCGAGGACACCACCGACUGCAAGCGCCUCCUCCGCGAGAUCAAGAUCCAGCUGCACUUCUCCCACCUCAACGUACUCGGCGUCCUCGACAUCCUGCCGCCG